AUGGCUUCAGAUAGAGAACUUGCAUCUUCUAUUGAGGACCGUAUCACCCAUGAGUGGUCCUCAUUGUGCCCUGACGACCAAUCUUAUGGCUCCUUCGUCAAAGUGUGUGAGAGUGUUGGGAAGUCUCUCCUUCCAUCACAAACCAAACGACCACCUAGCAUUGCAUCAUCGACACCAGUCAAUGUAGCUCGAACAAAGGUACUCACCUCCUUACCAACCAACCUUCCUGCUGCUCAAUCCAACCUCAGUAGUGUAUAUGACGAGCAAGAAGACCUCAGAGUCAACAACAUCCUCAGUGCUUUUGACGAGUGGGAAUCGGCCAACUCCAUCCAAAAUGCCUGGAAACUGGUAAAACAGCUCUCUGGUAAACGUCCAAACACCGUUUUCAUUCAAGGUGAUGAUCGACUUGCCUCUUGGAAAUCCCAUUUUGAGAAGCUUCUCAGCUCUGAUAAUGCCUCCAAUGACCCAGUCUCCAUUGAUCCCGUCUUUGAUCCAAACCCUAACAUCCCAACUGGCAAAUUCUCCCAAGCCAAGGUCAACAUAGCCAUUAAACAAAUGAAGCUUGGCAAGGCUCCUGGUCUGGACAACAUACCUAUUGAAGUUUGGAGGCUUCCUAAACUUAAGAAAUAUCUCAAAAGGUUCUGCAAUGCAACCCUUGAAGGCAACCGCCCUCCAGAAUGGGGCUUUUCCGGCAUCGUCCCAGUUCCAAAGAAAGGGUACCUCACCAUCCCAGACAACUACCGGGGAAUCAGCCUCUCUCAAACUGCUGCCAAGAUCCUGCAUGCCUUCGGUAUCCCGGAGGAGACCACUAAUGCCAUCAAAAUUUUGUAUGACGAUACAAGUGCUGUUGUUCUCACUCCCGAAGGUGAAUCAGAUUCGUUCUCCGUCAACACUGGAGUUCUUCAAGGUGAUCCUCUCGCCCCGUACCUAUUCAUCAUAGUUCUGGAUUAUGCCCUACGGACAGCAUUAAGUGUAACCGAUGGUCUCACCCUCUCACGCCGUAGGAGUAGUAGACACCCUGCCCAAUAUCUAUCCGACCUAGAUUAUGCAGAUGACAUUAGUCUGCUUGCAGACACCCUCCUUGAUGCCGAAUCUCUCCUCCAUAAAAUAGGAGCUUGCUGCAAGUCCGUUGGUCUCUCUCUUAACGCAAAGAAGACUAAGUACAUGUACAUGGCCAUCAACCCAUCUACCUCCGAUGACGUCACUGCACUAGAUGGCAGUAAGCUCCAUAAAGUUGAUGACUUCAAGUAUCUGGGCUCCUACACCAACACAGCUCAUGACAUCGAGUGUAGAAAAGCUCAAGCUUGGUCUGCUCUGUUCUCACUGACCAAAGUAUGGAGAUCCUCGAUCUCCAAGACCACCAAACGUAAGAUCUUCAAGACCUCAGUAGAGUCCUGGACCCUGACCAAACAGAUCUCUGCGUCCAUUGAUGGCACCUAUACACGGAUGUUGCGGGCUGUUCAGAACGUUUCUUGGCAACAACAUCUCCCUAACUCUGUUUUAAGAAGAAUAGAUAUUGUGGCGUCCGUGCCGGUCGGCCGCCAGAGGGCACCAGCGCAGUUCCACGGUGGAGCCGCGCAGUGGAGCCCCUGGUUGCCGGCCUGGGAGGCCCGUUCUUCCGGGCGGCGUAUGCACAGUAGUAUUGUCGUUGCCUCGUUGCUGGAGAGAAUAGUUGUGUUUUGCGGUGUACCCUUUUUGUGA